UGAACAUGUAUAAAAGGUUCAAUCCGAUUGAAGUAAUUCUCAACAAUUUUACCGCUUUAUUGUCUUGUCUUUUUCAAUUGGGGGGUUGUCUGCCUCCAGAAUGGAUGUACAGUAUGAUUAGAUAAGAUAGAGGAUAUAAAUAUAGAGCAAUAUCUCAGAUGAUAACAUCAGUCAACUAUCAACAUGUUGUCUGUGGUGGUCCUAGGGGUGUGUUUCGCUCUUUCAAAUGGAUUUCUCCUUAGUCCAGAGGAUGGGCAGAAGGUUGCUGAUAUAAGGCUGCACCACAGGAGGAAUGGCAAGGAUAGCUUGGGGGACUAUAAGGGUGUACAGAUCAAAGUGAAUGAUGUUAGCACAUUGAGGAAAUCAAACUUUGACCCUCGUCUACCAACAAAAUUCUUUGUACAUGGAUGGUUGGGCUCACAGGAUAACUGGUACAUCUUAGAGAUGACAGAGGCUUUCCUCAAAAAGGGGAAUAUGAAUGUGUUUGUGGUAGACUGGCAGAGAGGAAGCAACAACUUGGACUAUACUCUUGCUAGGGAGAGAACAAAGACAGUAGGCAAGGAAAUUGCAGACUAUGUGAAAUUCUUGGCCAGACACACAUCACUCAACAUGAAAAAUGUGCAUUUAGUGGGUCACAGCCUUGGGGGGCAAACUGUAGGUUAUGCUGGUAUGCAUCUGAAGAACCCAAAAGUAGGCAGAAUAUCAAGUCUUGACCCUGCAGAAUUCUUGUUCAACCUCAACAAUAAAGAUGACACCAUUGACCGAACUGAUGCUGACUUUGUGGAUGUCAUACACACAAGCUGGGUCUCAAUCAAACCUAAAGGACAUGUUGACUUCUACCCCAAUGAUAAUGACGUUGGACACAUGAUGGCAGUCUACUACUUCACUGACUCUAUUAACAAUAGGUGUAAAAAUACAGCAGUACAAUGCAGAAACUGGAAGACAUUUGCUACUGGAAACUGCAAGAACAAUCGCAGUAAUGAAAUGGGUUACUAUGCAAGUCCCAGAAGAGCCUUAGGGAAAGUAUUCAUUAAAAUGAAUGAUUCAAAACGACCAUACUGUCCAGGACAGUAGAUGAUUAUUAAGGAGGUCAGCUGGGCAACAAUUUGGGAGUUGAAUUUGACCAACUGUUAGCAUUCAUUUUCAGAAAAAUAUUAAUGAAUCCAAAUAAUAUUGUAUUUUACAUUGAAAAUAAAUAAUGUUACA